AAACAGCGGCGGCGGGCAGCCCGAAGAGUUGGGUGCCUUUGACAGUUCAAACGUUCAGCGGGGAGCGACUGGGCGACCUACCCCUCGCCUCCCAUUCGUUCCGUCAGGCGGGGAACUAGCGCGCAAAGGGCAGGAGCGGAGCUGUCCUGAGCCGCGGGGCGGCGGAGGCGGCGGGAGGGCCGAUGGAGCGCUCAGCCCUGUCUUGUGUCCUCUCCCCAGGUGAGAACGGGAGCGUCGGCGAGGUGAAGAAGCGCGGCGGGGAGACGGAGCAGCCGCAGCCGGCAGAGGCUGCUUCGGAGGGCGGCGGCGAGCGGUCCCUGGCGAUGGAGCCGAGCGUGGGCCCCGAGGAAAGGCCGAGCGCGCAGCUUCCCCUGCAGGCGCCCUGCAGCUUCAGUUCAGCGCUCUGCUUCAGCUCGUCCGGCGGCGGCGGCGACCAGGCUCCGCAUCCGGAGCUCGACGCCGCUUCUCCUUCCUCCUCCUCGCCUGGCAGCUGCAGCAGCAGCAGCAGCAGCCGCGUGGUGAAGCACCAGUGGGAUAUUAACAACGUGGCGCCCGAGUCGGAGGAAGAAGAGGAGGGCGGCAGUCGCGGCAAACCCUCGCCGGUCUCCGUGGCUACCCCCGAUCCGAUCGGCGAGUCGCCCCUCCAGCCUUUUCCUUCGCAGUUGCCGGGGGAGGAACCGGACUUGGUGAUCGAGGUAUCCGGGCGGCGGAUCCGGGCGCACAAAGCGGUGCUGGCGGCCAAGAGCGACUAUUUCCGCGCCCGCUCCUCGCGGGACAUCCUGCGCCUCAAAGGGGUGAGCUACGGGGCGCUGCGCCUGCUGCUGGAGUACGUCUACACGGCGCGCAUGGGCGAGGUGCGGCACGACAACCUGGCCGAAGUGGUGAGCGGCGCCCGCGUGCUCCAGAUGCCCUGCGCCCUGCACUGCGCCGCCGAGGCUAUGCGGGCCCAGCUCAGCCUCGACAACUGCUACCAGCUGCUCUGCCUGGCCAAGAAGCAGCGGCUGGCCGAGCUGCGCGAAGCCGCCUUCCGCUUCAUGAGCGACCACUACCUGCAGGUGCUACGCGAGCCCGCCGUCUACGGGCGCCUGAGCGGAGCCGAGCGGGAUCUCAUCCUGCGCCGCCGCCUGGAGGCCGGCAAGGCCUGCCUGCUGGUGGCCGAGGUGAGCGACGCCUUCGAGCGGCUUGGCGCGGGCAGCCGGCCGCAGAGCCGCGAGAGCAGCCGCCCGCAGAGCCCGUCCUCGGUGGUGUCCCUGGAGGACGGCGGGGCCCUUCUCUACAGCUACCAGGAGGCAGCCCAGGAGUGGAGCGUCCUCACCCGGUUGCCCGAGGAGGCCAACGCCAAGGGGUGCGCCAUGUGCGUCCUCUACAACUACCUUUUCUUGGCGGGCGGGAUCUCCACCGGGGCCGGCGACCAGCGGCCCAAGCUGUCGGACAAGGUGUUUUGCUACAACCCCUUAACUGAUACCUGGAGCCAGGUGAAGCCCAUGGGGCAGGCACGCUCUCAGCUGAAACUCCUGGCCCUGGACGGGUAUCUCUAUGCGGUGGGUGGGGAAUGCCUCUUCACAGUGGAGAAAUACGACCCCCGAGCAGACCGAUGGAGCCCUGUGGCCCCUCUGCCUAAGGGGGCUUUUGCUGUGGCUCAUGAGGCGACCACCUGCAACGGGGAGAUCUAUGUCUCUGGAGGCUCCCUCUUCUACAGGCUGCUCAAGUAUGACCCCAAGCGGGACGAGUGGCAGGAGUGUCCUUACAACAGCAGCCGGCGCCGCUCGGCUGACAUGGUGGCCUACAAGAGCUUCAUUUACCGCUUUGACGUGAGCAGCAGUCGCGGGGAGCCAGGGCAGGGCGCCGGAGUGGAAGUCUUCCAGUACAAUACGGUGGCCAAGCACUGGCGUCAGUGCACUUCCUUUCGCCCUGCUGGCAGCCUGGUCCAACCUUUUCGCUGUGCCGCAUUGGGCAGCACCAUCUAUUGUGUCAACCGGACUGGGAUGUUGAGCUUCAACUUGGCUCAGAAUGGCGAGGUGGAAGUGGACGGGGGACUUAAAGGCACCUUUGACACAGAACUGCUCAAAACUCCCUUUGAUGCUAAAGGUCUCCUCCUCCCAUUUGUGCUGAUUCUCCCAGAGAAGGAAAAAAUUGGGGAGCCAGAGAGUCCUCUGUCAUUGUGAGAGCUGACAUGUUCGGGUCGCUGCUUAGCAUGCAGUUUGUCCCCUUUAUCUGUGAUGUCAACAGUGUAAGGCUUUUACUGAAGCAUGGAUAAGGGCUGGCACAAGCUCUCCAGUCUUGGGUUGUGAUGAUGGUUGGGCUCCAAGGGCAAUAGAAGUAGCAGAAGCUAAACCGAGGUGGAAAGGCAGCAGUGUGUAACAACUCCUUUGAGGGUAUAGAAGUAAAGAGGAGACCAUUGUCAGAAAUGUCUUUAGUUCAUGCAUGCACACACUACUUUGGGGGAUAAUUGUGUUCCACCUAAAAGUGUUGGCUAGCUGUUCAAAGGCUUCCUUACUGCACUUCAUGUAGGAAAGAAUUCAUCUCUUCGCACUCAUAUAAACCAGCCAGUGAAAAGCUGCUAAAACAGAUUUAAUUGUUGUACCGUAUCUGUGUCCCUUUCCAAUCUAGAAGUAUGU